AUCAAGUCAAGAGUGUCAAAGGUCGAUAGAUCUAGACUACAGCUAGAAGUUGAGGAUAAAUAUUUAGAUCGUCAUGCCUCUGAAGAAAAUACCAAACAUCAUUUCCCCGGAUUUGCUUCACGUGCUUGCACUAAUGGGGCAUGGAGACGAGAUAGUAUUUGCAGAUGCUCACUUCCCAUCCUCUUCCAUCUGUCGAAGCGGUCCAAGGGAGCUAAGAGCUGAUGGUCUUGAUAUCCCUUCACUGUUAGAGGGAGUGCUAGAGCUGUUCACCUUGGACCAGUAUGUUGACAAACCGGUGGGCAGAAUGGAUCUUGUUGAUUCCGACAAGGCAAAGAAGCUCCCAACUCCAGUCUGGGACAAAUACAUGGCCAUUAUCAACAAAGCAGAGGGCAGAGAAGUUCCUGUGGAACUCAUAGAGAGAUUUCAGUUUUAUGAACGAGCCAAGACAGCUUUUGCCAUUGUGCAUACAGGUGAAACAGCUCAAUAUGGUAACAUCAUUCUGAAAAAAGGAGUCUGCUUAUAGACAGUCACUGGAAGAAGAAUUCAAAUACAUGUGCAAUGAAAGAAUAAUUCCAAACACAUUUUAUAUCGAAUUUUAAGAAUAUUUGAUUAUAUAAAACUGAUUGAUGCUCAAUCAAAUGUGGGUUUGAAACAUUUUCCUCAAACCACUCUGCAUGAAGAUCUCCCUCAGUAAAGUGUCAUAGAACCAAAGAGGGUAGGUAUGUGACCUUGUUGAGCAGGUCGUGGGGUACAUUUGUGUCAGAUUACAAGUUUAUGUAUUUGUUUUAUAGUAUUGUCCGUCAUUUUGUAGCCAUAACAGCGAUGGCACUUUUGUAGAGGCAGUUGUCCGGGAACUGGAAAUCUAAAGUGGGUCUUAUUUCUAGAAACUGGAAAUAACCGUAAUAUGUCUGUACCUAGUCAGGUGUUUUUUUCCAUUGUGAUCUAUUUUCAAGACAAGAAUUAUGUGAUCUUGGAGUAAGGGCUUUGAUUUUUAUGAGACUGCAUUAACAGAUUCUAUUCUUCCUGGCUCUGUACGAGACAGUACAUUAGUUGGCUGGCCCGAAGUGUUCAUGGAGACCAUUUAUCAUGUUAGAUCAGACCAAUUAUAUUUCUUGUUUUGCGGAGCCCCGGGGCGUAUUUUUUCAAGAAUGAGAACAAAACUUGAAUUAAUUUUCCCUGCACUUAAAAUAAAAUACUAAUUUUUUUAUUGGCCAAAAAUGUAAACUUACAAAAAACACAUUGUUUUUUUAUUGUUUUUUGCUUCAUGUACACUUCAUAAAUUUCCAAAAGGAAAAAUAGUUGUCAAUGUCGCCGAAACACACAAGAAAAUAUUAUUGGUAUUUUUGGGGGGGAAUCAAAACUCAUUCCAACAAUGUGCCAACCCCUAUACUAAGCUGUAUGUUUUGGAUGCUGUGUGCAUAUAAACAAGAAAAUAUGGUACACAAAUGUUUGAUCUUUUAAGGAGGGAACUUCAAGCAGGACAAACAGCAGUCCUGGCAUGUUUGACUCAAGUCAUUAACACACCACUUAAAAUUAAUCAUGUACUUAAAUACAUGUAUACCAGUUAAUUAUUACCCUAAAUACUCGGAGGCAAUGUCAUGGCAUGCCACUUAAUGUACAGAUUGUGGGGGAGGCUUGUAGACUUGGUGGAUACAUGUCAUAACCCAGCUGGGUAUAUCUGUGAUCAUAUCAGUCACUGGAUUGUGUGGUCCUGACUCAGUUUAAUUACAGAGCUGAAAUAUAGCUAAGUGCAGGUUAACAAGCAAACACAACACCUACAUAGUCUCACUGAUUUUAGGAGUGCUUCAGGCUAAUCAUGAGUUGUAUUCUCCACAAUACAUGUAGACCAGGAAAGAACAGAAAUCACUGAACCAGUGGAGCCAUUCCAUUUUCAUUUGGGUAACAAGCCAUUAUCAGAUCAGUCAUGUUUAUUUCCUUGUUGUUUAAUGUCACACUCUUCCAGCUAUAAGAUGGCAGACUAUAAAUAAUAAAAUCUGAAUAAGUUGAUCCAGCAUCGACAUCUUGAGCAUGGAUUCACACAAUCAACCAAGCCUUUCUUGCCAACACAAUGCAGUGGCCUCUUACAUGUAGCAAGGGUAAUCAAAGACAUUUAUUGUUACACAGAAUCCCCUCAUUUUUACAUGAUUUGAUGAUCUCACAGUAAAUAACAUUACCUUUGUUACUGAAGUACAACCUGACUACCGAUAAUGCAGUGGGAAACUACAUUUGGCUCACUUGGUUGUGAAUGAUAUUUGUUUCUAAAUGCAGGGAUGAGGAUGGGUAGGAGUUAAAAAAGAGGAAUGAGUUCUGGGUCUUGGAGGCUUUGAGUCCUCAUGCAAGAACCAAUGACCCCAGCGCGAUCAAAUCCACGGAAUUCGCGCAAAUUCUCAUCCCUGUAAAUGUGUGUUUUGUUUUGUGUCAAGAUGGGAGUAGUUUUGUAAUGUUUUCUCUCCUGCUUCUAGCUCUGCUGGGCGAGCUGUUGUCCACGUUAACUGUAUUAUUGGUAGGAGACUGUUUGAUGAGUGUUUGUCUGGGUGAUUAUAUUUUGGAAUAAAGAUAUUUUAUUAAA